GUUUGUGACUUUGUUUCAAACCAUUAUAUUAAAUAUUAAUUCGUAAUCAAAGACAACAAAAUAGAUCCUACCUGCAUUUCAUGCAUAACUGUCGAUUUCGAGUUCGACCUACCAGAUCUUCCAGAAGCCAUCAACACAAAGCACCUAAUGGCCGACCGUCAUGUAAAUGUACGAUCUAAGCGACGCUGGCUGAAGGCAAUAUAAAUGGACUUUUUCCUCCUUCUCUUCAAAUAUAUAGGUUUUAGAUUUUUUAAGCUUAGGGAAUCAUUCCCUAUUUGUGUGUCAUUCUCCGAAUUAGAUAUACCAAUGUAUGCAGAAUCAUACAUUUUUUAUGCGUGACCACAUACUGCCAUAUUGUGUUGUUUAUUUAGUCAACAAACCGUAAUAAAGACGGUUAGUAUAAUUAUUCUAAGUUGAUAUGGAAGUUUAGAAAUUUUGAAUGGUAAAGUUAUCGACAACUGAUUUUAAACUAGUAUGUUUUUGACUUUAUUUCCUUAUUUCCAGUAUUAAUGAUCAAUUGCAUAGCUCUUUUGUAAUUAUUCAUAUGAUUGCCUAUAAAGAAUGAAACGAAUGAAUCGUAUACUCUUUCAAAGGGAUAGAUGCUGACACUUUUCUUCACUAUAUUCUUGAUAACAUCCGACACCAUGCUUUCAAGCUCAUAAGCUUCUGACGCGAUUAGUUUGUCAUCCACAAUUCAAAAGCAGUCGAUAUUAUCAAUAAAUAAUAUGCAAAAUUGACGGGAAUUUUUAUUCAACGAUGCAGAAUGGAGCCCAUAUCAAUUCGUUUAUUGCAAAAAAAGAUAUAUAUUAAAAGAGUGGUAAUUUGAUGAGUAUUUCUGCAUUAAAUUAAGACACUUUACGAUCAUAUUGCGAAUACUUGCCGAAUUAUUCUAUUCAACAGUUUUAGUCAAAUAAAAAGCAUGUAUGGACUUGUUCGCUAAGGGAAUUUUCACAAGACAACGCAGCUAGAUUUUUCCUUGAACGGAUUUUGUUUCUUGUCAAUUCCGAUUAGAAAUGGAUCAUAUUCUUGUGACUCCCGAAUGUAUUUUACAAGUUCUUCACUUGUUUUCGAUACCGGAUAUCUAUCGACUUGACUUUCAAUCUUCAGCUGCUCUACUAAUUUCUUUUGAGCUUCGAUCACUUCAUUCGACAUGAUUCUGAAAUUCAAGAAAUAGAAUGCGUGCCACUUUUUAUGCUAAUCAAAAUCUACCUGUAUGCUAUUGGGUUUUAUACUUAGUAGCUGCUUGAAUAUUCGUCCAACUCUAAAUAGUUGUAAAGAAUUUACUAAUAGUUAAAAAAUAUCUUCCUAUAUUAUUAUUUAUUCAGCUGAAGCAAAAUUUUUUUCCAACUUAUUCAAGGUUUCGUGGAAUAUCACUCGUCUUUCACAAAUGUCAGCUACAAAUAAAUUAUUCUUUAUAUUAGAUGUUUACCGUUCAGUAGGUAUUAUUUGUGCCAAAACAAAUUAGAGAGCUUGUCGCAAAAAAUCAACCUGGUUAAUAUGAAAGCCAAUAUCGGCCUACUUUUUUAAAAAUCUGUUACGCCAUCUAUUGACAGAGUAUGUAUGCUUAAGUAAAAUUGUUUUUCUUUAAUUUCAGACAAGCUUAUAGCCUUAUUGCGGAAAAUUACCAAUUUUAUAACAGUAUCGAAUCAGGACGAAAAUUGAACGAUACUGUUCAAUACAGGAAACUGAAAGAGAACGAGGUAGUUGAGGAAAGCCUUUCACGAAAGGGAGACGAUGGUUGGGUUAUCGAAAAUUUGUGUUCUUAAAAAUUUUUAAGUUUGCUUAGUGUGUUUUUUGGUUAAGGCUAUUAUCUAUCUAUGUUCGUUUAAAUUUUCCGAAACAAAUAAAAGCUAACAUGCACAGCUGUUGAAUAAUAGACGCAAAACACAAUCUAUCAAAAAUUGGCCCGCAGUUACAGUGAAUGAUUCUAAGAGCGAAAAAUUGUAUAAAAGAUCCUUUUAUGAACAUGUCUGAUACCUGCAAUAGAACACUCUCCGAUCUUAUUGAGAAGAAUGAUGGACUACAGCAACAGAAAUUCGACAUGGUUAGAUUUUCGAAAAGUUCUGUAGAGCGACACCCGAUGGAUCAAUUCAACAAAAUGCAAACAGAAUACGAAAAGUUUAUCAAAGUGAAUCAGUUUAUCCUCUGCACCUCUGGAAAUGACAACAAACCUUCAGCAAGGACGAUGGUCCUCACGAAGACAAGUAAAGAGCAGACUAGUUUUCACUUCUUUGCAAUGACAACAAGUCGAAAAGCCGAAGAGCUCGAAGAGAACAAUUAUGCAACUGCAAUUUUUCUUUGGACUAUUAAUGGAGUUUUAAACCAGAUUCGUGUAGAAGGCAGGGUUAAUAAGUUAAGCGAGUCUGAAACUUUAAAAGACUAUAGUAAGCUUUCUGAUGACUAUAAAGCGUACUAUCAUAUCACUCAGCAGGGGCAAGCCGUGCAAUCUGUAUCUGAUUUGCAAGAGAAGCAUGAGAAGUUCUUGGGUAUUGUUCACGAAUUACCAUGCCCUUUUCAUGUGCGGUCAUAUGCAUUAGAAGCAGACUCAGUUGAGAUUUUUAAGCCGGAUGGUUUAUUUGGAAACGAGAGAGUUUUAUAUAGGAAGCAAAUUGAAGGAGAAGAUAUUAAUGAACUUAUUACAUCAAAUGGUGAGGGAGAUUGGUUGAUAGAAAAUAUAUGUCCCUAAUUGAAUACAUCUUAAAAAUGUAGUUGUUUUCUUUUGAUUUAAAAGUUUAU